GCAGCAUUCCUCCCAAAGUAAGUGGGAAUGGGUCUCUUUAAAGCAAGUUGAAGGUGUUACUAAGAGAACGGUGUUGUUUUUAGAAAACCCUCAUUUUUUUGCAUUCAGUAAAGAAAAAUCUUUAUGGAAGGUCUGAAUCUUUUACGAGGAAGAGUUAGCAUGAAUAUUGGCUUAUUCUCAUUUCAAAAACGGUUUCUGCAUACUUUGCGGAGACCAUUUGUCUUUCCAAAGCCAUUGAAAGGACCCAAAAUUAAGGAUGUGGUUUCAGAAUACGAAAAACGAUAUCAAAACAAAAUGGACGUAGACGGAAAGCGCUUUCAAAUGUUUCACCGGUCGCAAAAAGAUCGUGUCAGACCUGGAGCUGUCUUGUUAGUGGAAAGCUACUCCAAAUAUCCAAUGAAAGAAAGUAUAAACAGAUUUGCUGGCUACUUAUUACGAGUACGCCAUCGUGGACCGAAAAGCUCCUUUUUGUUAAGAAACAAUGUAAUGGGUGUGGGUGUGGAAGUCUUAUUCCCUGUAUAUUCUCCGCAGAUAAAAAGUAUUACCGUACUGAAAGAGAAUGGUAUCGCCAAACGUCCAAGAAGGGCCUACUUAAGUUAUUUACGCCAACCUCGUUUCCGACUACCACCUGUUGAGCCCCUCGUACGUAAAUUCAUGGAAGGAAAGAAAAAGUAAUAGUCCUUAUCAUUACUAUGGAAUAUCGAUCAGCUAUAUAUAAUUAUCCCCUUUCCUAGUUCCCUUCUUCUUAUUAGGUUCCUCUUUUCAUAACGUGAAUCAUACCUUAACUUGAUUCUUUAGUCAAAGUGUUUCUAUUUUCCUAUUUACAAAACGUAACAUAAAAAUUUUGAUUCUUUAUUUC